UAUUGAUCAAAUUUAACGUUUUCCUGCAACUAUGGCGCCUUCUCACGUGACAGAUGUUCUUCUUGAGUGGGUUACGUUAGUGAGUGAUGGAAUAUUCACUUUAGGAUGUUUCUUUUCACUAGCAUUAAUGUUUUCUUAUCUCCUCCUGAUUAUACGUUAACUUUUAGGAACACUGGAUGAUACCUUGCGUACAAACUAUGAUGUUUACCUUCAUUUACCUCACUGAGUAAUGUCAUGAACUCUAAAGCGACAAUGAAAACAAGAAAAUUAAAGCCAAGUAUUUCAUGAUUAUUUGUUUUUGUAAGAACGAGUUUUAAAGGACUCUGAACCCAGUCUGGUUUAUCUUAACACAACAUAUAGACUACUGAUCUCUGUAUUCUCACAAGCAUAUCAGUUAUUUAUGUUAGUGAAAAGUGAUCGAUAAGCGUGCAUGUGUUGCAAUGAGAGAGAGAGAGAGAGAGAGAGAGAGAGAGAGAGAGAGAGAGAGGACAGUUGUUGGCCAGUGCUAUCAAGCCCCAAGUGUCCUCAAGGUUAAUAUUCGGCAGAGGGAGAGUGCCACCCUAGCCAGCAUCGGAGAGAGAGAGAGAGAGAGAGAGAGAGAGAGAGAGAGAGAGAGAGAGAGAGAGAGAGAGAGAGAGAGAGAGAAUUAGUACACCAUGUCAUGAUUGAUAUAUUAAAAAAAGGUUGGGGGAUAAAGAACGAUUGAUAAUUAACUUUUGUAAGAAUUUAGUGUAUAAUUGAUUAGUGUAGUUCAUUGAUAAUAUGACACUGUCUACAUACCAUUGAGUGUCACGGAACAGAUCACCUCUUUUUACUUCGCAGUAGUGGUGUAUAAAAUCAAGUUAAUGGUUUGUAUGAAAGAAAAUUGUGUGAUUUUAAAAUUUCAUCGGUUAUUUUCUGACAUUGUAUUAGCCUAAGACAAAUUUUGAAUUGUGUUAAAUGUGAGUUGCUUUCCUGUCCCGUGUUCAAGCCGAAAGGAAUGCAGCCUUGGACGCCACGUAUAGUGAACUGUGCGCAAUGCUAAAACUAACAGGAUCCCAAGUUCACACAAGAAAUUAAUUAUGAAUUAUUCGUUAAGAUAGGUACUUCAUUUUACUGCGGGUAAUGCGAAGGUUCGGUAACAGUAACAUAACUGUACAGUCAGUGCUUGUCAUUUAGUUAAGGAUACAUUUCUAAGAUCGUUAUUACAUGAUAGCAAAGGGAGAUGCUUGUCAUUUAGUUUGAAGGGCGUUUCCAAGAUGCUCAUUACGUGACGGCAAAGGCAGAUGCUUGCCAACAGCAACAGAAGGGUCGUGACCCACUAUAACGUGCGAAGAGGAUAUUUUAGCCGACUGCCUCUUAUUCAAUCCUACUACCACGCACCUACUCCAUGCAGGAAAUAUGACUAACAUUUUUUCCAACUCCUUAGAUCAAUUCUUUAGUUUGAAAUGGUAGGGUAUGAGGUAUGGAGUAUUGAAAUAGGUGUGUGUUGUGCGUGUGUCGACGUGCAGUGGAAGGAAGCCAGAGUGUUAACGUGAGUCAGAAUGUGGCAGGCUUAUUUCAGUUACAACAUGCUUUUUGGUUUUUAAUAUAAUCUCUCUCUCUCUCUCUCUCUCUCUCUCUCUCUCUCUCUCUCUCUCUCUCUCUCUCUCUCUCUCUCUCUCUCUCUCUCUCUCUCGUCACUGUCACACUGAAGGUGAUAUAGUCGUUUAUCCUCUUAAGCCUUUAACAUAAGAGAUCGUCACCAAGAUGCAUGAAAGCGCAGUGGCUCUUACUAAAGUACGUAAAUUUACAUGAUAUUCAAUAGAUCAUUCCACUUAACCUACCGACAGCCCAAACGGAUAGUAAAGAAAGUGUUAUUAAUGACGAGAAGAAAUACGCGGUACGAUGCGGUAUUUAACGUGAAAUAUACGUAGUAACGCACUUUAGGCACGCCAUGGGCACGGACAAGGAUAAUAGAGGUUUAUAGAGCGCAGAGCGUGCUUGUGUAUGAGCUCCCAUUAGUCCUGUCUUUCGGUCCUGCCUCCUCCCCAUUGCCUUGCCGCUGUUCCCACUCCUCAUUGCUGCACUGUUAUGAUCUUGGACUGAAUUGAUUGUUGUCCUAUUAACCAAUCUAUGUAACUGUCUCUUGUAUAUGUAUUGUAGUAUAUUUACCGUAAAAAAAAAAGUUCGGUAUCUUUAAAUCGACGAAGGCCUUGAUAGACACACGAAUAGAUAAAUAGAUAGAUAGAUAGAUAGAUGAGAUGAAAUAUAAGAAGAUCAAUAGGUGGACGUAGUUGUUAAGGCAAAUAUAGGUAUUACGACAUACACAUACAGUUGUGCGUCCCUUUUACCACACCUCCAUUAACUCAGCACUUAUUAGUCUUCAUGCUUUCUCCGUCUGUCCUCGUAGAAUGACAGGCAAUACACAUUUCGAAAUAUUCCUCACCCGACUGUGAAGGCUGGUGCCUCAUGGAUGCUUCAUCUGACUCAAGAGCUGAAUGUUUUAAGAGGAACUUCACUUCGUGAGAAAAACUGAUGUGUGAUAGAAAUAUUACGUAGUACUCCUCUAGAUGGAUAAGAAAAAAAAAUGAAAUAAUUAUCUUAUAUAAUCUUAUAUAAUCAUAAUGUAUGUGUAUUGCAUUUUUGUUUUAAAUAUUGCUUAAGGAAGUCAGAAGAUAAACAUAAAUAAGUGAGAACAUUCAGCAUUAUUUAUAUGAUAGGGAUUCGUGCAUAUGUGCAAUUACCGUAUAGGUAUAUAGUUGGGAAGUGAUAAGACGAAUUCAUUGAUAGAGCGAAGAACAACAUCUAAGAGAAGACCAGCAUCUAAGAGCAAAUGAUGCUUCAAAUGAUUAUCAUACCAUGCAUUACCAUAGCAACGAUUUAUAACUUACUGUGUCGUAGGUUAUGUAAUUCUGUUUUGUAUACCUUGUUUUCUCCUUGUUCAGUUUAAUACCGCAGGGGGCAUAGAGUUUUGCAGCUAAAUCUAAGAGAGAGAGAGAGAGAGAGAGAGAGAGAGAGAGAGACUCGGGAUGGAUGGAGCGCUGCGGGUGGCCCAAGGCUGGUGCAGUGGUUGUCAUGGUGACCAGACGCGGCUGAAGGCCAGGCGGACGAUGCCGAUAUCAUGUAGUCCACAAACUGGAAUUUCUGCUAACGGAACUAAAGCCGCUAAUAUCCGUGACGAGUGGGUGGGCAGGGAAGAGAGUGACCUGUUGCAGCGUGGUGUGAAGAGUCCUGCCACGAGUCCAGGGGAGUGACAAGUGUGUUCCUAUAGGAGCAUGUAGGGAGGUACCACACGUCCCUGUCCAGCACUCACCACUUACACUGCUGCCCACAGCUAGCCAGUCACAAGUAACACUCUUACCUGGAUGGGCAGCAACUCACAUGGAGAAGUCAGGACAGCACUCACUCCAUUACCAGGCACCACAUUGCAGGUGGAAGCAACUCACAGUGAUCAGCAUAGUAGUGGAGUGUAAGGCAAGAAAGACAUGCAAAGACUUUAUGCACAGCAGAGGCAUAUAUUUCCUCACUAGAGAACAGGGCAAAGUUAUCUUGUGUCUCACAGGACACUACAGGCACAAAAUACUCACACCAGGCAGAGCACUGAGUUUUAAGUGUGGCAUUCACCCUCCUCACACUUGCUAACCAGAGUCAUUCCAGCAUCCACACACACACACACACACACACACACACACACACACACACACACACACACACACACACACACACACACACACACACACACACACACAUGAGGCAAACCUGAGGUGGAAGCAAAAGACACAUUUCCGAGUAUCAUGCAGGGCUGUGGCUGAACAUGAUGAAUUCUCAAUCAGCUACACUUCCCAGCAGCAGUAAUUCUCAGAGCCACAGGAUGUCUUCCUCACACUGCCUUUCCUCAGGUCAGCCCACAGGUACACAGCAGACACCUCACAGAGACUUCACCAGCUUCUGUUCCUCCUGCAGCAGGGAGGUGCCACAGCCAACCAUGACAUCUUCCGCCAGGCUGGCACUCCUUCUAGCCUCCACAGCACCUUGUGCAGGCCGUGACACGUCUAGGUACCAAACUCCAGUAACCAUGUGUGUGUCCAUCUUCACCUCACCUCAGGUCUGCUGACGCCAGUGCGCUCUUCUAAGCCUCGUUGCAGACUGGCUUUCUCAGUCACCUGCCUGCUGCCUCUCUCUCCUGUCUACAAAACAUAGGAUCCAGAAGUCUGGUGCCUUCCUAUGCCUUGCUCACUGCAUAUGGCCUGGGAGGGAAAGACCAACAGGCAUAACUCCAUGGCUCACAGUAGCGUUCCUCCUAGCAACACCUCUCCCUGGCUGUAACAAUAUCAGUCCAUUCUCAAGAAUCACUGUGGUACAGUGGUACAGUACUAAUGGGUCCUCAGACAUAGGUUACAAUCCUGGUCGAGGUCUGAGAUUAGGAAUGGCAUCCACUUGGGUUAACAGUCCCCAAGUGCUAAGUGAAAAUUAUGCUUUAGGAGGCAUCAUCCAAGCCCUGAUUUAAAGAUGUAUGAUUAUUUGUUAUAAUAUCCUUUUGCAUUAAGGAAACUGUGGAAGGUGAUAAAGUUAGUGUAGCAAGUGCUGGACUGUGCUGUCUCACACUGCCUUUUGCAGAACUCGUAUGAAAAAUUUCUCCUUCCUAUAGAGAAUGAUAGCUUUUGUGUGGAACUAACAUGCAGACUACUCCCCACAGGCAAGAUGCAGGUUGUGGCAGCAGUGCGAGGCUUCAUGGCCCGGAGACCCAUCCUGGGGAACAUGGUGGUGUACGGGACACUGUACUCAGGAGCAGAGUUCAUGCAGCAGACAUUCAACAACAAGAUUAUGGUACCUGAGGGUUCACCUCCCAAGCCAUAUGAAACCGAUACUCUGGCCCGAUACGCCUUCAUGGGGACAUGUGUGUUCCCUCACGUCCUCUACCAUGCAUAUAAGUUCCUGGAUUCCAAGUUUGUGGGGAAGAGCUUGAAUGUUGUCCUCCCAAAACUUGCUGUGGACGCCCUGAUCGUUACUCCCAUCAACCUGACCCUCUUCUAUGUUGGUAUGAGUGCAUUAGAGAGAAAAGAAGACCUGUUGGAAGAGUGGAGAAAGAAGAUCAUUCCUACAUUUGUGACUGCGAGUGUGUUUUGGGUUCCAGCAUCCCUCAUAAACUUCAGAUUCCUGCCCCCUCAGGCUCGUGUUGUGUUUGUAGGGUCCUGCCAAGUUAUAUGGGUAUCUAUCUUGUGCUGGUUUAAACGGCAAGAAUUUUAAUCUGAAUUAGUCAGUAGGGGAUGUAUGGCAUUUACUGAACAUUUAUGUAAUUGUUAUUUUUCUCAAAAUUAAUCUUGGUAGUAACAGUAUUUCUGGAGUUGGAGUAUUUCUGGAGUUAUCUUGGUCUUGAAAUGUUUAUUGUAGAAUAGGAGUAAGAGAACUGUAAUUUGCAUGAUGAAAUGAUAUUGAGAAAACUCUAAUCUGGUGUAAGCCUGAGUGAUGAAAACACAAAACUGUCAUUUUUUUUUUUUUCCAAAGGUUAACAGUUUUUCACCAUAUUUCACCAUUUUUCAUUUUUUUUCAUGCAUUUCUUAUAGCAGGCUAGAGUUUUCUCAAUAGUACAUGAUGCAGUGUAUGGGGAAUAGUUGGCAGUAAUAUGGAAAAUGCAUGGUACUAAGGAAAGGAAGUAACUUUUAGAGGCAGCAAGUGGGAUGCAUGGUGUCAGAUAGCUGUACGACCAGAAGUCAGGAAUGAUUAACAGAUUGACAUGCUGAGGUUGAGAAACAUCUUUAGGGAACACAAGAAUGAGGCCAGUACAUAAAGAGUAUGUAGGAUGUGCAGAUAGAGAAAUUAGAUAUUAGAUGAAUGUAUAUUUUGGAGUUCCAUGACAUGGCAGUAGGAGAAAGUGUGCUGAGAUGGAGCUGGUUCAUCAGGAGGCUGGAAGAUGGUGCAAAAAAAGAAGACAUAUGUGUGAUGUUAGUGAGGAAAGCUGAUGGGUCUAGACAGCAGGAUUAGUGUGAGGGAGCAGGUGACAACUUGGGAACUAGAAUGAGAGAGAACUGAUAAGAUAAACAAUAGGAUGGAGUACAAUGGAAGAGAUUUGUGAGAAUCGUAGCAUGGAAUAGGAAUGUAGGGUGAAAAUGAAUGAAUCAUUAGAUGGAAUAGAAUAGGUGUUUAUAAGAGAGGUGGUUAAAGGAGGUAAUAGGAAUGUAGAGAGAGGGCUGAUGAGUGAUUAAUUGGAAUGAAGUAGAAGGGGUUUGUACUAGAGAAGGUAAUGGCCCGGAUAGCAAUGUGGGGUGAGAACUAAUGAAUGGACACUAUAAAAUGAAAGGAGUUUUGUAAAGGAGAAUGAGUGCUAUUAGAGUAGCGUACUAUUUGGAGAUGUAUGUGCAAAUGAUGGAGUUUUACAGUAUUGUGAGGAGUUUUACAGUAUUGUGAAGUGGUGGCUGGCAUAACAUGUAUUCAGAUAUGGGAGGCCAGCACAUGAAUGCUCCAUGGUCAGUGAAUCAGUAUUACAGUAAUACAGUAUUUCAGUAAUGCAUUUCAUACUUUCUGGUAUUAAAGCUAGCAUUCAGAGCAUGAGAGUCAGUUUAUAUGGAUAGUUUUUCUUUACCUUCAUAAGUUUUUGGGUCAGUAAUCAAAAGAAAAUAUUGUAAUACCUGUAUAAUGAGUUCAUUGCUGAAGCAGAUUAAUGUUUGAAACUUGCAAAAGAAUAUUACACUUUUGUGUUGAGUAUUCUGCUUCCAUCACCUCAAGUUUAAUGUUUCUUUUUCUUUUAAACACAUGAAAUCACUUGAGUAGUAACAGCAUCAGCACUUUUAAGUAUCUAUGUAGUACAAGUAUUUAAAUGAAUUUUUCCAAGAUCUUAAAAUCAAUCCAUUUGAGUGAUAGCAAUGUCAGUUCUCUGCACAAAAGCAAGUGAAUGUGAAUUAAAUGUAAUGCAUAGCUCCUUGCUAAGUGCAGGAAAAGAAUACUGGUUUAAGAAAGAUGUAUUUUACACCAAUAUAUAAAUUUAUUAUUUUAAGAAUGUUCAUGUUACAAAUGUAAAUUGCUGCAAAUGUAAAUAGACAAUGUUAAUAAUUUUCUCUAGGUAGUGUAGCUGAAAUCUAGCUGCCUCAUUGUAGUGCCAAUUGAAAGUAAGGGUGAAGAUGAUGUAAGUAGUGCAUAUGGAAGAAUGAUUUUUUUUUUCUGGACUAAAGUUUUAUGUUUAAAGAAGUCCAAAACACAAGUUCUGAUAAAUGUGUUUCUUGAAGGUAAAAGAUCUAUAUUUUCUUUUUUUCAUGUAAAAGCUAAGAUAACCAUGUUAACUAACACUGCAGCUACUGAUUAUUUUAAUUAUAUAUAUAUAUAUAUAUAUAUAUAUAUAUAUAUAUAUAUAUAUAUAUAUAUAUAUAUAUAUAUAUAUAUAUAUAUAUAUAUAUAUAUAUAUAUAUAUAUAUAUAUAUAUAUAUAUAUAUAUAUAUAUAAUUAAAAAUUUCUCGUACUUUUAUCAUUUUUUGGGGUUAUUUCUUGUUUCUAGGAACCAUUUAAUUCUUUCCUGUAUUCUGAAGUUGGAGUAAUGAACGAACAAAUUGGUCAGCUGCUGUUCAGCUGGAAUGACUUAAGCUCUCUUGCAGGGUCCACUAUAUAUAUAUAUAUAUAUAUAUAUAUAUAUAUAUAUAUAUAUAUAUAUAUAUAUAUAUAUAUAUAUAUAUAUAUAUAUAUAUAUAUAUAUAUAUAUAUUCAGUUAACUGCAUUAUUGCAGAACUUCUUCCCUCCACUUGAUUUCACUGCCAUCACUAAACUGAAUUACUACUAUACAAGUAAAUCCCAACACUUCCUUAACUGCUCAAGAAUUAUGUUACUCUUGAUGCUCAACCAAGAGAUCAGUGAUUAUCUUGUAUAUUACCAGACUAUUUUUUGUGUAGAUUUUAAAAGCAACAAAGAAUACAUUAAUUGUUGACUGUUCAGGCUGUUAUCAAUAUGAAACAUCAGCCAUUUGCUGUGCAGCAGUGAUGCAUAAGGUGUCAAAAGAAGGUAACAGUGCGUUUCUGUUCAACUGUAGUAGUUCUGCUCUACAAGCCUCAGCUUGGGCACUUCACUGUCUGCCACAGAGUUGCUCUCUAGUGAAUACCUUUUCUGGUAACUUUUCAUAGUUAAAAUUUGGGAAAUUUUGUUGUGAUUUAAAAUUAGGUUAGCAACCACUCUACACUGAAUGGUGUUGGUUUUGUUCCCAAGAUCAACCUUAUUCAGAUGAAACUUUGAUGACAGGCAGCAUGACACACAGAUAGAUAUCCAUUACGCUUUUAGUAAUGUAGAUGAAUUGACAUUGAUAUUGUUAUUGUCAAGAGUUGCUGUUCUGUAUACCGUACUGCAGGUAUGCUAUUUCCUGUUGCUUUCCUAAAUUAAUGUGAAGGAUUUUUGUGUAAUUUCCUUAAUUUUUUUAAUAUAUUUGUAACUGAGUUUUUCAUGAUGUGUUCAAUCAGUCUAUCUGAAUAAUCAUUGCAGCUUUACCCUUGACCGCCAUGGGUAGUACGUCCUGUGUUGUGACACAAUGUCUUUGUACAGCUUGAAGGCUUGCAUGGCUUAAUUUGAGAAAGACAGUGACAGAACAGUUUUACAGAAAGAAAUGUUUUUAAGUAAAACAUCAGUAACAGAACUAUGCAAAGUAAUGCAAUAAAGUACAGAGUAAUAAAUAU